UUCAUGGGCAUUUCUGAUGUAAACCCAAAUUACAGGCUUUAGCAAAGCAAAGAGAGGAGAAAGUGAUCUCCUAUUUUAAACAAAAUGAAGCUGCUGUCUACAGCGCUCUGUCUCACAUUGUUGCUCUGCUCUGAUGCGCAAAGCCAAAUACCUGUAACUUCUGCAGACUGUGACACAGUUGAAACUGAUGCAGGUGUGGCCCUGGAUUUGAUCAAUAAAGACCGCAGAGAUGGCUACAUUUUUACUCUGUUCCGUGUUGCUGAUGCCCAUGAACAACAGACAGGGAAUUCAUCAGUCUUUUAUUUGACUUUGGAUGUGCUGGAAACCCAGUGCUCUGUAUUAUCCAGGAGACAUUGGAAGACCUGUAAACUCCCACAAAUGGUAUUUGGACAAUGUAAAACUAUUGUGUAUAUAAACAGACAGUUGAAGAAAAAAAUACUGCAUGGCUAUAACUGCACAGUGAGUCCAGAUCAUUCACAGUUAUACAAGUGUGAACACUGCCCUGGAAGAGCAACAGCCUUAGAAGACAAUGAGCAGCACAGAGGGAACGCUGAGAGAGCCCUGGAGAGGUACAAUGAAGAUAGUAACCACACACAGUAUUUCAAGGUGGAUAAAGUACAAAGAGCUACCAUGCAGAUCACACCUCAUGCAGGAUACUUUGUCGAAUUUACUAUAAAAGAGACCUGCUGCUCCAAAUCCACACCACAUGCAAAUGUAUCUGAAUGUGAAUUUCUGCAUGACAAAUAUGCUCACGUGGGAUUCUGCAGGGGGAAAUUUGCGAGUGACACAAAAAAUCCUGAUGUACUUGAGAUAUCCUGUGAAAUCUACGGUCCCUGGUGUGACAGACCUUCCUUCCACCAUCACCCCCGCUCCGGAGAACAUCAUCACCACCACCACUUCUCUGGGAAAGGACAUCCCCCUGUAGGUCCAUCACACAGACAUCAUCAUCAUCCCGGCUUUGGCCCUGGACAUACUAACAGACAUUACCAUAGAUGCCCACCACCUCCUGAAAAUAGGGUCCUCCACCGUGAAGGAUCUGAACAUCAUCACAAUUUCUCUGGAGAGGAACAUCAGCAUGGGCCUCCUCAUCUUUCUCCAUCGGGUCCUCAUUAUUCUCCCCCACCCCCUGGCACACCACAUCACAGACAUCACCAUCCCGGCUUUGGCCCUGGACAUCCUAAAAGACGUUACCAUGGAUGCCCACCACCUCCUGAAAAUAGGGUCCUCCACCCUGAAGGAUCUAAACAUCAUCACAAUUUCUCUGGAGAGGAACAUCAGCAUGGGCCUCCUCAUCUUCCUCCAUCGGGUCCUCAUUAUCCUCCCCCACCCCCUGACACACCACAUCACAGACAUCACCAUCCCGGCUUUGGCCCUGGACGUCCUAAAAGACGUUACCAUGGAUGCCCACCACCUCCUGAAAAUAGGGUCCUCCACCCUGAAGGAUCUAAACAUCAUCACAAUUUCUCUGGAGAGGAACAUCAGCAUGGGCCUCCUCAUCUUCCUCCAUCGGGUCCUCAUUAUCCUCCCCCACCCACUGGCACACCACAUCACAGACAUCACCAUCCCGGCUUUGGCCCUGGACAUCCUAAAAGACGUUACCAUGGAUGCCCACCACCUCCUGAAAAUGGGGUCCUCCACCCUGAAGGAUCUAAACAUCAUCACAAUUUCUCUGGAGAGGAACAUCAGCAUGGGCCUCCUCAUCUUCCUCCAUCGGGUCCUCAUUAUCCUCCCCCACCCCCUGGCACACCACAUCACAGACAUCACCAUCCCGGCUUUGGCCCUGGACGUCCUAAAAGACGUUACCAUGGAUGCCCACCACCUCCUGAAAAUAGGGUCCUCCACCCUGAAGGAUCUAAACAUCAUCACAAUUUCUCUGGAGAGGAACAUCAGCAUGGGCCUCCUCAUCUUCCUCCAUCGGGUCCUCAUUAUCCUCCCCCACCCGCUGGCACACCACAUCACAGACAUCACCAUCCCGGCUUUGGCCCUGGACAUCCUAAAAGACGUUACCAUGGAUGCCCACCACCUCCUGAAAAUAGGGUCCUCCACCCUGAAGGAUCUAAACAUCAUCACAAUUUCUCUGGAGAGGAACAUCAGCAUGGGCCUCCUCAUCUUCCUCCUCCACCUGGUCCUCAUUAUCCUCCCCCUCCUUAUGGUUGCCAUCACCACCAUAGACAUAUCCAUCUACACCAUCAGGGGUCUAGCAAUUUUUCCCAGGAAAGAAGAGGAGAUGAGGGCAGCUCCUCAGAAGAGCACAUUUCAUCCAAAACACCUCAUCCUUUCCAUAAAAGACAGGUUGGAUCCAUCCAUCACAUUCCAGUUUUAAAUCAGCAUGAUGUCCUCCCAGCUCCUGUUGCAAACUUCCCUGACUCUCCGCCAGCUCCCCGGGAUCCAUUUUGCAAAUAUUUAAGUGAGAAACCAGCAAUUCAGCCUUUUCCACAAGCCCCUUCAGAAUCUAAAUCAUGCCCAGGAAAACCCAACUAUGAUCUGCCAGACCUUUUGCCUUUAUUUCCCCAUAGAUCUACACAGUGAAUGUUUUUCUUUUAAUUGAAAUGCUCAUCAUUCCAAGCCCUCAAUCAGUGUAAUCUGGUCUCGCUCCAUUGAUUUCAGUGGUGCUAUACUGAUUUAUACGUAGCCCCAAAGAUGUAACAUGGAGAAAGAAAAUAUUAAACUACAAUUUUUCAUAGUGAAAAUUAGAAUACAUGCUUCUAUAUACAUGUGUGGUAUAGUGCUUUUGACAAAUGCAUCUAUUGCAAAUUCAUGCCCAUAAAGCU